AUGAAAUGUAGCACCCAUAUAUUGUAAUUGAUGUCCACCAGCCAUUCUCCAUCUUCCUAUUUUAAUAAUCCCCUCUCUCCCCACCGCCCACACCCCCAUUCACCCCUUCUCCCUCUCUCUCUCUCUCUCUCUCUCCAAACGAUCAACAAAAAAAUCUGUGGAAAGGGGGGGUCUUCUUGUUCUUCAUAAUCAUCGUCGGUGGACGUACAGCCACCGUCUGAUCGUUCCCAUCAAGCCAUUCGGUCGACGAUGGGAACGAUGAUCCAGAGAUUGGUCUAUUGGCUAUCGGAGCACCCAGCAAUCAUCAAAUUCCGGUGGAGCCCCACCCAGUCAUGGGGCUCCACUUGGUCUUUUCUCCUCACCUCCAUGGCCUUCUACCUCACUCUGUCUCUCGUCCUCCACCUCAUCUUGGUCCUCUUCCGCCGCCGCAGACCCGUGCCUCUGGGCCCCAUUCCCGCCGUCUACAGCCUCUCCAUGGCCUUGAUUUCAGCCGUCAUCUUCACCGGGACCCUUUUCUCCGCCGCCGCCGAGAUCCGGGACACCCGGUGGUUCUGGCGGAGGUCCAAGACCCCAUUACAAUGGCUGCUGUGCUUCCCUCUGGGGACACGGCCAUCGGGGCGGGCCUUCUUCUGGUCAUACGCCUACUACCUCUCUCGCUUCCUCCACAUGUUCCGCACGUACUUCACCAUAUUAGAACAUCGUAAGCUGGGUUUACUCAACAUUUUCAAUAACUUAAUGCUGCUAUGCAUGUCGUUUCUGUGGCUUGAAUUCUCACAGUCAUUCCAAUUAGUGGAAAUCAUGUUGGCCACCCUGGUGUACUCUGUUGUAUACGGCUACAAGUUCUGGACGGCAAUCGGGCUGCCCAGUACAUGCUUCCCAUUUGUGUUGAGCUGCCAGAUGGUUUUACUGGGCUCUAAUGUCCUCUGCCAUGUGGGGGUCCUUUUACUUCACUUGAGGAAAGGUGGCUGUAAUGGAAUUGGGGCCUGGAUCUUCAAUUCUGUGCUUAAUGCUGCAAUUUUGCUUCUUUUUGUUAACUCCUUUGUCAGGAAGAUGCAUUUGAGGAGGAGACAGGUUGAAGAUGAUGAUUCAGUACUCCACUCCUGCUCUGCCUCGGAGGAGACGAAGGUGGAGAACAGGAUUAAAGAUAAGAAUCUUUGAAAUGGUGGGAGCUUUUUUUUUCUUGAUUUUAUUUUACCUAGUCCUAUAAUGUUAAUGGGGCCAAAAAUCAAGAGGUCCCCUUUUCUUGUGUAAAAAGGUAGUGUAUCUUUUAUGAAUAUGGUUCAACAAUAGAUUAUGAAAAUUUAAAGGUUA